AUGAAGAGUCUCUCACUGUUGGUUUUAACUGUUUUAUCGCUCAGCGGCGACGCCCUGGUCCGAAUUCCACUGAAGAAGUUCCGGUCCAUCAGACGUGGGCUGACCGACUCGGGGAGAAGUGUUCAGGACCUUUUGGCCGAAAAGAACUCCUUGAAGUACAACCUUGGAUUCCCCUUCAGUAAAGGACCCACUCCAGAAACACUAAAGAACUACCUCGAUGCACAGUACUAUGGCGACAUCACCCUGGGAACCCCUCCUCAGACCUUCAGCGUGGUGUUUGACACUGGUUCGUCCAAUCUUUGGGUGCCGUCCAUUCACUGCUCCCUGUUGGACAUUGCCUGCUUACUUCACAAAAAAUAUAACUCCGCCAAGUCCAGCACCUACGUCAAGAACGGCACAGCCUUCGCCAUCCAGUAUGGAUCUGGCAGUUUGUCUGGCUACCUCAGUCAGGACACGUGCAGCAUUGGAGGCUUAACGGUUGAAAACCAGCUGUUUGGAGAAGCCAUUAAGCAGCCAGGUAUCGCCUUCAUUGCAGCCAAGUUUGAUGGAAUCCUCGGCAUGGCCUACCCUCGCAUCUCAGUGGACGGAGUGCUGCCGGUCUUUGACAACAUCAUGCAACAGAAGAAAGUGGAGAGUAAUGUCUUCUCUUUCUACCUGAACAGGAACCCAGACACUGCCCCCGGUGGUGAGCUCCUGCUGGGAGGAACCGAUCCCACAUACUACACUGGUGAAUUUAACUACGUCAACGUCACCCGUCAGGCCUACUGGCAGGUCAGCAUGGACGAACUGGCCGUGGGCAGUCAGCUGACUCUGUGUAAAGGCGGCUGCCAGGCCAUCGUGGACACGGGAACCUCCCUGCUCACUGGCCCCUCCGCUGAGGUCAAGGCCCUGCAGAAAGCCAUCGGAGCCAUUCCACUGAUCCAAGGAGAGUACAUGGUGAACUGUGACAAGAUCCCAUCACUGCCAGUCAUCACAUUUAAAAUGGGAGGACAGAGCUACAGUCUGACUGGAGAGCAGUACAUCCUCAAGGAAAGUCAGGCCGACCGAACCAUCUGCCUCAGCGGCUUCAUGGCCCUGGACAUCCCCGCCCCCGCUGGCCCCCUGUGGAUUUUGGGAGACGUGUUCAUUGGCCAGUACUACACCGUGUUCGACCGAGACAACAACAGGGUCGGCUUUGCUAAGUCCAAGUGA